AACGGUCUCCUGCGUACAAACAGGUCACUACGUACUCGGCAGCCAAUCAGUAUUCGAUGUUACAGUGAGGCUUGGAACGCGCACGUUGGUGUUGCGGGCUGUGCGCCGUUGUAGACAGUGAAGGAAGAUGGCGAAACAUCAUCCAGAUUUGAUUUUUUGCAGGAAACAGGCCGGAGUGGCUAUCGGAAGAUUGUGCGAGAAAUGUGAUGGUAAAUGCGUAAUAUGUGACUCCUAUGUACGUCCCUGUACGCUAGUACGCAUAUGUGAUGAGUGCAAUUAUGGAUCGUACCAAGGCCGUUGUGUGAUUUGUGGUGGCCCCGGCGUGUCAGAUGCUUACUACUGCAAGGAGUGCACUAUUCAAGAAAAAGAUAGGGAUGGUUGUCCUAAAAUUGUGAAUUUGGGCAGUUCCAAAACAGAUCUUUUUUAUGAAAGAAAGAAGUAUGGAUUUAAGAAGAGGUAGUCCAAAAGCUGAAUCACUAUCACCGUAGAGUUUUUAAUUUUUUUGGGGAACUGGGCCUAUAUUGUGUUAUGAAUGGGAUCAAUAAAAUUGUUUUUACAACAAA